GGGGCUUGCGUCGCCGGCGGAGCGACGCUGGAAGGAGGAGGAAGGAGGAGAAGCGGCGACGGGGGCUUUGCCCACUGGCCAGUUUGAGCUGCGAGAUGAGGCCACAGCAGCCGCCUGUUGCCAGCAAAGUCUUCAUCCAAAGGGACUACAGCAGUGGCACAAAGUGCCAGUUCCAGACCAAAUUCCCUCCAGAGUUGGAAAACCGGAUUGACAGGCAGCAGUUUGAAGAAACCGUACGGACCCUGAAUAACCUCUAUGCUGAAGCCGAGAAACUUGGGAGCCAGUCCUAUCUGGAAGGCUGUUUGGCUUGCUUGACUGCCUACACUAUAUUUCUGUGCAUGGAGACACAUUAUGAGAAGGUUCUAAAGAAAAUUGCCAAAUACAUUCAGGAGCAAAACGAGAAGAUCUACGCUCCGCAAGGCCUCCUCUUGACUGACCCCAUUGAGCGGGGACUAAGAGUUGUUGAAAUUACCAUUUAUGAAGACAGAGGCGUGAGCAGUGGAAGAUAAACCUUUCGACGUCGAAGGGACCAGCGAACUGGUUUCCGCUCGUUUGCUUUCUUCUGUCCUCCUAACACCCUUUUCCUCUGCUUUCCUGAACUCCACAGUGCCAUUUACACAAGGACUAACUUUUCAGACUCCUGUUCUUUCGUGGGGGGAAGCCCAGCCCAGGUGGGCAGCAUCCACCUUGCUUUGUUCUAUUGGAAGCCCCAGUGGCAGGCAGAAGACUAACUGGGAAUGACCUCAAGGCAGUGGGAACUCUCUCGGCGGACUCGAGGCUUCGAUCAGCUUCUGGAGAAGAAAGCAACCGUGUGUUGCAUUUCCGAAAAUGAGACCCGUCUUUAUGAAGUGCAACCUCCUGAUUUGCCAAGAAGGGACGCACGCCUCCAUAUUUCCUGACCAACUCCGCUAAGAAAUGGGAAAAGGGGGGGGGGUAUUUUUACAUACAGCUGACGUAUUUUGGGAUAUUUCAUGAGAAGCAGCCGUCAGCCGUGUGU